AUGGCUUCCGCAAAACGCAAUUUCACAUACGAAGAAGAUGAUGAACCAAUUCAUCUCAAGAAACCAAAGCAACAACUUCCUUCACCACCAGUUCUUCUCAAUUCCGCAGACUGUGAUUUAGAUUUCAAUAUUGAAUGCAAUGGAGUUGUUGGAUAUGGUCUUAAUGAAGAAGGAUUUGGUUAUUGUUGGUCUGGUGCUAGAGCUACUGUUGGUAUAACAAAAGGUAGAUAUUGUUUUGGUUGCAUCGUUGUUUCUUCACAACGCGUUGAUACCGAUGAUACUGAGCUUGAUCAGCAUAAUUUAUGUCGUCUUGGUGUUUCGAGAGGCGAUGAUGCUGUUGGAGCUCUUGGUGAGACUAAAAACAGUUUUGGUUUUGGUGGUACUGGAAAGUUUUCGAAUUCGGGGAAUUUUUUUAAUUUUGGUGAUAGGUUUGGUGUUGGUGAUAUAAUUGUUUGUUGCAUUGAUCUUGAGAGUAAACCAUUUGGUUCUAUUGGUUUCUUGAAGAAUGGUAAAUGGUUGGGUACUGCGUUUCAAUUUGAUGUCGAUUCUUUAGGUCUUGGAGUGGCGGAUUCGCCUUUGGGAUUGGGACUUUUUCCGCAUGUUCUGUUGAAAAAUGUUGUGGUUCAGAUGCAGUUUAGUGUUGAACAAGGACUUGUUCCUCUAGAAGGGUUCAGACCUUGGGCCUUGGCUGUUACUGAUGGGAACGCGGUAAUAGGACCUUCGUUGUCUGAUCCAAAGGAUUGUGAAUUGAUUAUGAUGGUGGGGUUACCGGCUUCAGGAAAGACUACGUGGGCUGAAAAAUGGGUGAGAGAUCACCCGGAAAAGCGUUAUGUUUUGCUUGGCACAAACUUAAUUCUUGAACAGAUGAAGGUAGGUUAG